UGAUUUACCAUUGGAUAGUAGGGUUUUCCCAAAUUAUUUUUGAACAACAAAUUUAUUUUCUAAAAAAUGCAAAUGUAACGUAUUUUAAUACUAUAGAGUGGACAAGUAUAUUUUGGCAUGGUAUCGAUAGACGGUGCAUAAGAUUCGAUAACUUUUCGAUGCUCAUCGAGAAUCGUCACAGCAAUUACAAAAAGUACUUGCUCUUAAAGCGAAACGCAAACGUCAACAAACCUACCACAAACAAAGUCGCCACAUCGUCAUUAUGAAAUAAAAUAUAGUGCAAAUUAACUUGAUAAAUUCUCUAAUAAUCCGGAAACAUCAAACAUAAAAGGCACCACUUCAAACUCAGCACAAAUUACUUGCUAGAAUUGACCACUGACGUGGACCUUCAGUAUUGUUGUUUUUCUUCCACUUGGAGCUGAUUACAAAAAGAGAAAAACAAACGGCUGCAACUGACAAUAUGUCGACAAAACGACGUCGUCGCCGCAACAGUGAAUCGAACGAUCUCAUCGAGUCAACUCCAUCUCCAACUGGACAAGAUGAACACGAGAAGCCUGAUUUACGUGGCGAUAAGCGCAACAUUGCCGUACUUCUGUUCCUCUACAUACUGCAGGGCAUACCCAUUGGCCUCAUAGCUGCUGUGCCAAUGCUGCUGCAGAAUCGCGGUGCCAGCUACAAACAGCAGGCGGAGUUCUCCUUUGCCUAUUGGCCGUUUAGCAUCAAGUUGCUGUGGGCGCCCAUUGUGGACUCGUUGUAUGUGCGUCGCUUUGGUCGGCGCAAAUCGUGGCUGGUCCCAGUGCAGUAUCUGCUUGGUGGUUUCAUGCUGCUGCUAUCGGUGCACGUGGAUCGCUGGCUGGGCGGCGAUGGUGUGGAGCCCAAUGUGCCGAUGCUAACGCUGCUGUUCUUUGUGCUCAAUUUCCUAGCUGCCACACAGGAUAUUGCUGUGGAUGGCUGGGCGCUGACCAUGCUGAAGCGUUGCAAUGUUGGUUACGCCUCCACCUGUAAUAGUGUGGGACAAACAGCUGGCUAUUUCCUUGGAUAUGUGGUGUUUAUUGCCUUGGAGUCAAAGGACAUUUGCAACGGGUAUUUGCGUGAUGUGCCUUCGGAUGAGGGCAUGGUAACACUACCGCGAUUCCUUUACUUCUGGGGCAUCACAUUCAUAGUGGCCACCACAUUAGUGGCCAUCUUCAAGAAGGAGAACGACGUUGAGGAUGCGCACACAGAUGCCCGCUACAAGGAGGAGCAUGAGCUCAACAUACACGAGAGCUACAAAGUCCUGUGGGAUAUAGUGCGCAAACGUCCCGUACAAAUUCUAGCGGCCAUACUGCUCACCGUCAAGGUGACGUUUGCCGCCUCCGAUGCCGUGACGUCGCUGAAACUGAUCGAUGCUGGUGUGCCCAAGGAGAAGCUGGCAAUACUGGCAUUACCCCUGAUACCGCUACAGAUCGUCCUGCCCCUCUUUGUGGGCAAACACACGAAUGGCCCGCGACCCAUGGACUUGUAUCUGAGAGCGAUACCAUGGCGCAUUGUUUUGGCGACGGUGGCCACAUUGAUUGCCUACGCAACACCAUAUCUAAUCUCAGGUGGCGAGGUUCCCUUUUAUUACUAUGUGCUGCUCGUUACCAGCUACGGCUGCUAUCAAGUAUUUUUGUAUUCCAUGUUUGUUGCUGCCAUGGCGUUCUUUGCCAAGAUCUCGGAUCCAGCUGUGGGCGGCACCUAUAUGACAUUCCUUAACACACUGUGUAAUCUGGGUGGCAAUUGGCCCAACACUGUGGCGCUGUGGCUGGUGGAUGUACUCACCUUUAAGCAGUGCAGCACUCAGUCCACAAAUCUCUGCCUCAACAAAGAAGAGCUGCAGGAGUGCACCAAGAGUGGAGGCAAGUGCGAAAUAACCUUUGAUGGUUACUAUCUGGAGGCUGCUGUCUGCGUCGUCUAUGGCAUCAUUUGGCUGCUCGUUGUGCGCAAAUGGAUACGCUAUCUGCAGGAUCUGCCGAUACGCGCCUGGUCUGUGGUUGCUCCGAUUGCCAAGAAGCAGAGGUAGCAAUUAAUUGUUUGAUCUUCGAUCUGCGCACAGAGAAAACCCAUCGAUCUGCGCACAGUCAUUUUUUGUUAGAGUACAAGAAGCUAUACACUAGUGAACUAGGACUAGGACCAUUUAUGCAUUCUAGGCUAGACAAAUUAUAAAUUUUUGUAAAUUCGAGUAUUGUUUUGUGCAAACUUAAAAUAUUCCAAAGGAAAUAAAAUUCAAUGUUGAGCAUAUAUGAAACCAA